AAGGUGACCGGGCUUCCUUCCGGCUUGCUAAGCAGAGACCGGAAGCGGUGGUUUUUAGCGGCUCUGUGGGUAGCAGGGUGGUGUGAUAGCGGCAGCGAGGGGCUCGCAGAGGUGCUCGGAUUCUCGUAGCUGUGCCGGGACUUAACCACCACCAUGUCGAGCAAAAGAACAAAGACCAAGACCAAGAAGCGCCCUCAGCGUGCAACAUCCAAUGUGUUUGCUAUGUUUGACCAGUCACAGAUUCAGGAGUUCAAAGAGGCCUUCAACAUGAUUGAUCAGAACAGAGAUGGUUUCAUCGACAAGGAAGAUUUGCAUGAUAUGCUUGCUUCAUUGGGGAAGAAUCCAACUGAUGAGUAUCUAGAUGCCAUGAUGAAUGAGGCUCCAGGCCCCAUCAAUUUCACCAUGUUCCUCACCAUGUUUGGUGAGAAGUUAAAUGGCACAGAUCCUGAAGAUGUCAUCAGAAAUGCCUUUGCUUGCUUUGAUGAAGAAGCAACUGGCACCAUUCAGGAAGAUUACUUGAGAGAGCUGCUGACAACCAUGGGGGAUCGGUUUACGGAUGAAGAAGUGGAUGAGCUGUACAGAGAAGCACCUAUUGAUAAAAAGGGGAAUUUCAAUUACAUUGAGUUCACACGCAUCCUGAAACAUGGAGCGAAAGACAAAGAUGACUGAAAUAACUUCAAAUUCCAGCCAAACGUUCCUUGUUGCCACUUUGGGUAUUCUGAGAUUUUCUCUUGCAUGCCCUUAGCUUUACAGCUUUUGCAUUUCCUGUUGUAUUUAUUCUCAGCCAUUUUGGGCAUAUGUAUCUUUAUAAUCAGACUGGAAACGGGACUUUCUAUUAAUAUCAUUUUCAGAAUAGAAAAUAGGGUAAUUUAACCUACCAGCCCUUCUCCCCCAAUAACUGUGGUCUGUACAGAGUCAAUAUAUUUUUUCAGAGAAAGUUAUUCGCUUGAUGUUUUCUGAAUCAUAAUUAAACUUUAUGAUAAAAUA